GGAAAAUAGCAUGUAGUUCUACACAUUUUUCCCCCAUUAUUAUUUUACACUGAAGCUUACAAACUGGACGACAUUUGUUGACAUUUUUUUAAACUUACGGUAACACUAAACAAUGGAACACGUAGUAUUCAAACACAGAAGAACUACUCUUGAACGUGCUGAGAAGUUUCUCUCGUCUCUUUACUUUACUGAUGUCAAUCUUUAUGGAAGGUUGUAUUCAGAGCAUGUUCCAGUAACAAACAUUGAACACUAUGCAGCAACAGGCAGAGUGUCUUAUGAUGAGGCUGUCAAGGGAGACUACUCUCCUACAGCUAUUGGUCAAUCGUUUGGUCCCACGUGGUCAACUCACUGGUUUCGCAUUCAUGUUGAGAUUCCAUCCACAUGGGAAGAUCGUGAGGUCAGACUUCUGUGGAACUGUGGUGCAGAAGCGCAGGUCUGGAUAGACGGACACCCAGUACAGGGUUUGAGUGGAGAACAUAAUCCUAGACGAGAUGAUUUUAUUGUGUCAAAAAAGCUGACUAAACAGCAAAUCAAACAGACCUUUUACAUUGAAAUGGCAUGUAAUGGCUUGUUUGGGGCAGGGAAACAUGGACUAGUUUCUCCUACUGACCCCAACCGAGCAUACACACUUUCAAAGGCAGAAGUGGCCAUCUUUGACAGAGAAGUGGCAGACCUAUUUUGGGAUCUUCAAGUACUGUAUGAAAUGGCUAAGGAUCUACCUGAGAAUAGUGAACGAGGCUAUCAGACUUUGUAUGCCUUGAACAACAUAAUUAAUCAGCUUGAAGUGGGGAACCGAACAACAUAUACCUAUGGGCGGGAACUUGCCAAACAGUUUUUGUCACAAAAGAACAGUGACAGUCAGCAUGUACUUCAUGCCAUGGGCCAUGCUCACAUUGACACAGCCUGGUUGUGGCCAUAUGCAGAGACAAUCCGGAAGUGUGCUCGGUCAUGGAGUACCACAGUUCAGUUGAUGGAGCGGUACCCACACUUCUUAUUCACGUGUUCACAGGCCCAGCAGUUUGAGUGGGUGAAACAAUACUACCCGAGUCUGUAUUCCAAGAUUUGUCACUUUGUCAAGGAAGGAAGGUUUAUACCAGUUGGGGGAUCAUGGGUUGAAAUGGAUGGUAAUAUUCCGAGUGGUGAAGCCUUCAUCAGACAGUUUCUGUACGGACAGGAGUACUUCAGGAAAGAGUUUGGAGUCACUUGCACUGAGUUUUGGCUACCAGACACAUUUGGUUAUGCUGCUCAGAUUCCUCAGAUGAUGCAGCACUGUGGAAUGACUCGAUUUCUCACACAGAAGUUAAGCUGGAAUCUUGUCAACAAGUUUCCUCAUAGUACAUUUUGGUGGUCAGGACUUGAUGGUAGUACAGUGCUCACCCACUUCCCACCCGGAGACAACUAUGCCAUGGAGGGCAAAGUCCAGGAGGUUUUAUACAGUGUGAAGAAUUUCAAAGACAAAGGUCGAUCUGGCCGAAGUUGUUACCUAUUUGGGUACGGAGAUGGAGGCCAUGGACCUUCAGAGGACAUGUUAGAAAAACUUCAGAGACUAGAAAAUGUGGAUGGCAUUCCCAAAGUGAAAAUGAGCAGCCCUGAUGAAUUUUUCUCGCUGGUUGAGAAAGAGAGUAGAGGAAGCCUGUGUACGUGGCACGGUGAGCUGUACUUGGAGAUGCACAAUGGAACAUACACCACCCAGGCCAAGGUGAAAAAAGAAAACCGAUAUGGUGAAAUCUUGCUAAGAAACACUGAACUCUUUGCUACCAUAGCAACAGUUGGAAGUUUAACUAGUGAUAGUGGUUACAAAUACCCCCAGGCUGAGCUACAGCGCCUCUGGAAACUUCUUCUCCUCAAUCAGUUUCAUGAUGUGCUGCCAGGAUCAUCAAUUGAAAUUGUUUAUGAAGAUGCUCACAGGUAUUAUGAAGACAUUCGACAGUCAGGAGCCACUCUUUUUGCCUGUGCUGUGGCAAAUGUACUGGCAAAAGAAAGCGAACCCUCCACUCCAGUGGUUGUCAAUUCUCUGUGCUGGGAGAGGUCAGAGGUCGUGAUAAUUCAGAGAGCUGGUGAUGAGAAGACUAGCGAACAGAAGAAACCUGAUGACAGAGUUCAAACAGACAGCCGUGGCAAUACUUUAGCUUUUGUCAAAGCGCCGAGUUGUGGAGUGGUCUCCCUUGUUCCAUUGGUGGUUCCUGGAUCUGUUGAAGCAUCUGUGAAUCAGAAUGGUCUGAUCACCCUCAAGAAUGAUCAUCUGACUGUGACUGUAGAUCAUUGUGGAAGGGUCACUUCGCUACAGCUAGCAGGAAGUGAAAAGAAUACUGUAAGUUGUACUCACCCAGCCAACCAGUUUCUUCUCUAUGAUGAUGUGCCCUUGUACUGGGAUGCAUGGGAUGUGAUGGACUACCAUCUGGAAACCAGGAAACCAAUUAACAGUGUUAUUGGGAAGGCUACCAUUCUAGACAAAGGUCCCCUGAAAGCAUCUGUGGAGUUUUCACUGACCAUCAGUAAACAGAGCCACCUGAAGCAGCUGAUUGUCCUGGAGGCUGGAUGUUCAUAUGUGAAGUUUGUUACACAGGUCACAUGGCAUGAAAACCGCAAGUUUCUCAAGGUUGAGUUUCCCACGAGUAUCCACUGUGAAAGUGCUACGUAUGACAUCCAGUUCGGUCACAUCAAGCGGCCCACUCACUACAACACCUCUUGGGACAGUGCCAGGUUUGAGGUGUGCAGUCACAAGUGGGCUGAUCUCUCGGAGUAUGAUUUCGGUCUAUCUGUUCUGAAUGACUGCAAGUACGGCUUCUCAACAGUGAACAACGUCAUGCGGCUUUCUCUGCUGCGUUCUCCAAAAGCACCUGAUGAACAUGCAGACAUGGGAAGUCAUGAAUUUACGUAUGCGCUUAUGCCACACAAAGGGAGCUUGCAGGAUGCCGGUGUGAUUCAGCAGGCUUACAACCUCAACAGUCCUCUCGUUGUCCAGUAUGUCCCACAGGUUCCGUCCACCACAGCAGGUUUCUUCUCACUCAGUACACCACAGGUUGUGCUGGAAGCUGUAAAGAUGGCGGAGAGAGUUGAGCGAGCUAUGAUUUUGAGACUUUAUGAAGCAUUUGGUGGAAAAACUUCAGUGACACUAACUCUCAACCUGCCUGUUAAAAAUGUCAAAAGGUGUACAGGACUGGAAGAUGUUCUGGCUGAUGAUGAUGACUCGCUGCUGUUUACACCUGGUCAACCCGCCACUGUCUGUCUGACCCUCCGGCCAUUCCAGAUUGUCUCUCUUAUUGCUUGGUUUUAGUCAGUGGCAUUGAUAUAGCAGUGUCAGUACAGACUGCCUGAUAUGAUCUUUUACAAAUAUGUUAUGUAUUGUUAAAGGAUUUGCCAAAAUAGGCAUAAAACUAAGUCCAAAAAUGUAUAUGAAAGGGACAAAUACAAAAUACAUAAGUGCAAACAGAGUGUCAUUAAAAUGUGAAAAGAAAAUGUUUUAAUGAAAAGGUCAAAAGUAAUAACAAACAACCUGUAAAAUACCUUUAAGGUGAAUGAAGGAAGUUAUUUUUUAUUAAAGCAUGAUUAUAAAAGAAUAUCAAACCUAUAUUUAUAUAAUUAUAUAUAUAAAUACAUUUUCUACUGCUAUUUUUUCUUUAUAUUUGUACAUUCUUCUUGGGGUUUAGUAAUAUUUAUUAUUUUGUAUGUGUUUAACACUGAUCAUGAGUGCAUAUGGUAUAGUAUUGUUAUGAUUAUUUUGUAAAACAAUAUUUUGAACUCUGUCUUACACAGAGGUAUGACAUUCAACCAGAUAUGUCUGUUUUUCAUGAAUGUAUUGUACAUGUAUUGACAUCUGUGAUGUUUAUAUUAACAUUUGUACACUUUCUGUUUAUUUCAAGAUGAUUUGUGAUUUUUAUAUAGAUGUUUAAUAUAUCUCUUGACCCAAUUUGUAUUUGACAUGUUUAAGACAUGCAGGUGUGCAUACAGGGUUUCUUGGAUGCACACCCUAAGCUUUGACUUGCCCCUAAAAUUUAAUAUUUAAUGCAUUGAAUUGAUAUCAUUUUGGUAGGGGAGAUAUAUUGAUAAUCUAGUUAGUUCUGGGGACAAUUAAUUGUAUAUAAUGUCUGUUAGUGUCCUUUGGUGCCAUUUUCUAAAGUUGCACCCCCACUGUAGAAAAUUAUAUAUCUGCCCUUGGCAUGCUAAAUAUGAUAACUAUAUGUGGAGAACUUGCUAUUACAAACACAAUCUUUGUGUUCUUUGUCAACUUACAUCACAGCAGAACAUUCCACAACACUCUAUUUUAUAGUAUCGUUGUUGUGCAAACUGUUUUGUAAGUAAUGACACUAUGAACAAAUAUUCAGCAAUACCUACUAUCUGGGCAAAGGUUCAUUCAAGACAUUAGACUAUCAUUCCAUGAAUAGUGUAACAAUGGAUUUUUAGUAUUAACCAGUGGGUGAAAAUCAUGUGAUCAAUUAAUUCUCAGUUAAAUAUGUGAAUGUGCUGAAUUAUUAAUAUGGAUUAAACAGAUUCAUAUAAAGUGCUAUUUGAUUUGGGUUGCUGACAUAGUCUUUCCAUUCCAUGAAUAUUAUAAGAAUGGAUUUUCAGCAUUAACCCAGUGCGUGACAAUCAUGUGAUCAAAGUAAAGUUUGUUUUAUUUAACGACACCACUAGAGCACAUUGAUUUUUUUAUCUUAUUAUUGGCUAUUGGACGUCAAACAUAUGGUCAUUCUGACACUAUUUUUUUAGAGGAAACCCGC